CAUCAGAGCAUGGCUCAAUACCAGUUACACCAGCAUCAUUAAUAGAAGGUCAUCCUGAGAGGGCACAGAUAUUCCUGAGAAGCCGGAGUCUGAUUGCCUGGAGUCCGAUUGCAUUGAAAACUGAAUCGACCCCAGUGAGAUUCAACUCCGUGUUCCUGCUUCUCACACCAUGGAGGUCCUGCGUUCUUUCAGCUCCGCCUCUUCCUGUCCCGACGUCUACAACUGGACCAGCAGCAGCAGUCUCAUCCUGGAGCAUUACAACUUCACCGGACGCCUCCACCACCGCAAGCCCUCCAAGAGAAGCGUGAGCGCCAUCACCCUCCUGUUCCUGGGCUUCAGUGUCUUCAUCAUCCUGGAGAACCUCAUGGUGCUGCUGGCCGUGCUUUUCCGGGUCCGUCUGCACCAUCGUUGGAUAUUCAUCUGCAUCGCCAACAUCGCACUGAGCGACUUGCUGACGGGAUCCGCCUACGUGGUCAACAUCUGCAUGUCCGGCGACAACACCUUCAAGCUAAGCCCAGUUCUGUGGAUAUUCCGCGAAGGACUUUUGUUUGUAGCCUUAGCGGCGUCCAUAUUCAGCCUGCUCUUGAUCGCCGUGGAGCGCUACGCCACCAUGAUGAAGCCCGUCCACCAGAAAUCCGCCACAAAGACUUACCGAAUCUACAUAAUGGUGGUGCUCUGCUGGGUAACGGCGCUCGUAAUCGGAUUCCUUCCGCUGAUGGGCUGGAACUGCGUUUGCGACCUGAGAAGUUGCUCCACACUUCUGCCACUCUACUCCAAGAGCUACAUCUUGUUCGCCCUGGUCAUCUUCUUCAUAAUCCUGCUCACAAUCGGCGCUCUCUAUUUCGCCAUCUACUGCCACGUCCGCAGUAGCACCGAGACCAUAUCCGUGCGCAGCCGCAAGCGUUCGCUGCGCCUCCUGAAAGCCGUCAUCUCCAUCGUUGGAGUCUUCAUGGUGUGUUGGGGUCCUUUGUUCAUCCUCCUGUUGGUGGACUUCUUCUGCUCCUCUCGUAACUGCAGCACACUCUUCAAUCCCGAAUGGGUCAUCGCCAUGGCCGUGCUCAACUCGGCUAUGAACCCGCUCCUUUACUCAUUCGGCAGCCUGGAGCUGCGCAAAGCCAUCGCGACGCUCCUGUGCUGCUGCUGUCUGAAGGUGGGACUGUGCGACCCCAAGACCUUCAUGUCCAAGGAGACUUCCAGCACCUCCGGGAGUCGACAUAGUAGCCUGCGCAACAGCUUCAGCAAGGUGCGAAACCUGAGCACCAGCCCGCAGCCCGAACCCAAGAACGUCAAGAAAACACGCCUCAGCUCCACCACUUCUUGUUUAUCCGCAUCGAGCGGUUAAG